CACUCAAAACUUUGGUAAGAAUGGAGGCCARCGUGGAUCCCUAACACGCUGUGCACAGAAGUAUGGAAGMUUGCGGGUAGCGCUGUGUUCCGAUACCAUGGACGCGGAAGCGAUCGAGACAUCCAAAGACGACUUGGUCCGAGARGUUGAACUUUUCAAUCUCGAAAUGACGAAACUGAUUGCGUUKCAACGCAAUCUGGAAGUACAAGCGAAGCGCAACCAGUUGGCGGAGAUAGMAAGAGAACAAGAGAUCAAAGAAGCACAGGAACAAACCAGAAAGAGUCGAGAGCUUGCGAACAAGUCUAUUCAGCGAAGUAAUUGUCUAUCGGAAUAUGAGUCGUUGGCAAGAGUUAUCUACGAAAACCAUCCAACAUCGAGCACGGAGCUGCAAASCCAAAUUGACGAAAUCCGAUCGGAAAUCUCAAAACUAGAAGACGAAAUAGCUUCCAAGGACGAGACCCUCAGAAUUCGAGAGGCCCAAUACAGGUCGUUGAUUCAAUGCAUGCUAGAUCUGAAGCAGACACUCAUGGAAGACGAAGAAAACAAGAAUCUGGAAGGGGGCGAUUCAAAAUCAAUGGAAAGCAGGAAYGCUGACAGACCUCAGCCGAUGGAAACCGACGACUUGUAUGGGGAUUUGWUAUAAGUUUCAUCAAUCUGGCUGAUCUCCAAUAUUGUGCUCGUUUGAAUGGUCGAUCUACUGUUAUUGGAAAGAUUUWUUCUUCCACACAUCGUACUCAGUACACAAUACUGUUUUGUUGGAUCUCUGAAAUGCCAAAUCAAUACUACCAUCGAAAUGCGAACUGGCAUGGAGAAUAACAAAAGCCCAUGGAC